CAGCCUCGUACAGCGAAACCAGACACAAUGUUGGCCAAAACAACGCGGACUAGCAUGCCAAAAGUGCGCUCUGGAUGCGCUAAUUGCAAGUAAGUUUAUUCAGAUUCAAUAAGGAAAUGUAUUGACCAUCAGAACGCGCCGUGUGAAAUGCUACGAGGCAAGACCGCAAUGCAUGCGAUGCGUUCGCACCGGUCGACAAUGCCCGGGUUAUCUCAAAGAAAAACCAGAUAAAUUGCCAGGUAUCAAAAUAUAUAAUCUUCCGUUCAAAGUACCCGGAAGUCGAGUACAUCGCGAGCUGCUGCAUUUCUACUGCUGCGAAGCAGCGCGUGGUUUGUCUAGGUUCUCCGAUCCGACACUAUGGACGGAACUACUCCCACAGCGAAGUCAGCAUCAACCGGUGAUACGACAUGCCCUAGCAGCUCUGAGCUUUUUGUACCACGAUUAUAUCCGCCAAGGAUCUACCCCGUUGGGUGAAGAUCCCACGCAUCUGCAGGUGAUCGUCAAGUCGCAUCGGCAGCUGCGGGCGUACCUACUGUCAUCUCGGGGUGUCGCCCGAACCGGCGUUAAUAUGCAGCCUUAUAUUCUAUAUACUCGAGUGUCUGGUAGGAAAUGCGCAGCAGGCUAUCUGGCAUCUCAAUCAGGGCUUGAUGCUCUUAAAACGGUGUCGGACCGAGUACCCGGAUAUCGUCGCUGGAUCGGACUCAAUCUAUACGCACUUGGCUGCCGUCUACGCACGACUGGGCAUCCAAGCCUGCGGCUUUGAUACCGACGACGCGUUGAAUAUACUGCAAAACUGGACGGUGCACCAUCUGGACGCUCUGUUGCCACACAUGCAGCAAGCCGGCAAGGGCACUAAUAUGCCACCUGAGCUUAUUUUCGAAACGCUACGGCUCGAGAACCAAUUUCUGCAAUUCCUCAGUGCCACUGC